AUGGUAGCUCUUGCCGUCGCUGCUGCAUGCUAUGGAGACAGUCCUGCAGCAGCAGCAGCAGCAGCAGCUGCUGCUGCUGCUGCUGCUGCUGCAGACAUUGUGAAAUUCAGUGUCGGCCGCAGCCUUCUUAUUAGGCUCGGAUCUGCUGCUGCUGCUGGAGAAGCAGCAGCCAAGGGGCCCCCCGCAUCAGCAGUACCAGCAGCAGCAGCAGCAGCAGCAGCAGCAGCAAACAUCGCAACGCAGAAAUACAGCUUCAGGCCAAAGUGGUUACAGCAGAGCAGCAGCAGCAACAGCAGCUGCUGCAGCAGCAAGCUGCAGCAGCAGCAACAACAUCGCAACGCAGAAAUACAGCUUCAGGCCGAAGUGGUUACAGCAGAGCAGCAGCAGCAACAGCAGCUGCUGCAGCAGCAAGCUGCAGCAGCAGCAACAGCAGCAGCAGCUGCUGCUGUUGCUGCUGCAGCACGAUCGAGAGCAAACGAAAAACAACAGCAGGAAGACAAGCAGCAGCAGCAGCAGCAACACAAAGUGCAGCAGCAGCAGCAGCAGCAGCAGCAGCACAAGCAGCAAUACAAGCAGCAGCAGCAGCAGCAGCAACACAACCAACAGCAACCGCAGCAGCAACACAAGCAGCAGCAGCACAAGAAGCAGCAGCAGCAACAGCAACAAAAGGAACAAACAACAACACAAGCAGCAGCAGCAACAGCAACAACACAAGCAGCAACUGCAGCAACAACAACACAUGCACCAGCAGCAGCAGCACCAGCAGCAGCACCAGUAGCAGCAGCAGCACCAGCAUCAGCAGCACCCGCAGCACCAGCAGCACCAGCAGCAGCAGCAGCAGCAGCAGCAGCAGGAGCAGCAGCAGCAGCAGCAGCAGCAGGCAGCAGCAGCAGCAGCACAAGCAGCAAUACAAGCAGCAGCAGCAACAGCAGCAACACAAGCAACAGCAACCGCAGCAGCAACACAAGCAGCAGCAACACAAGAAGCAGCAGCAGCAACAGCAACAAAAGGAACAAACAAUAA